AUGCCACUCGGAUCAGACCUUAAUGUUCUUUUAUCAAAUUCUGCAAAAGUUGGAGCUGUUAAAUUAGCAUGUGGAUCAACUUCUACCAAUUCUGAUACUGGUGAUCAUUCAAGAAUUCAAAAGCGACUUUUGGUUCGAAAUGCUGAAUCAAAUGAACGCAAGUUAUUCGCUGCCAGCUUUGGAGAUUCUGCACCACCAUUAAGAAUACGCGCAACAUUACUUCAAAAUCAACAAGACAAUCUUGAGAACGAAGAGAUUACUCAAAUGCUUUCAACAGCAUACAAUAUGUGUGAUAUAUGUAAUAUUCCAGAAAUGAGAUCAAUUGUGGAUGAACUCAAGAGUCGUCAUGAAGACACUCAACUUUCAAUUGAAUAUCUGGAAAAGAAAUCACAGCAGAAUGAGAAGGAGAUAGCAUCUCUUUCCGCCUUGCCACCUCUACCAACAGAUGAUCUCAAAGAACAAGAUGAUCCCAAAGAACCAAUUCGAUUAAAACUCGAAGUGAAUGUCCGAGAUCUAAAAGAAGAUAUAUCUCAGUUAGAGAAGAGUGCUAAAGAAAAGAGAAAGAUGAUAUACGAUUUAAUAGCGAAAAUCGAUUAUGCAAAGGCAAAUCAAGAGCCACUGAAAAUAAACAUUAGCAAACAACCUGGGGAAGAUUCUAUACUUGAACAGAUAAAGCUCCAAGAAAAUACAAUUAAUAAAUUACAAAAAGAUAUCGAGAAAGAACAAAAUUUACUCAAAGACUAUGGAAAUACAACAAUAGACUCAAAAUUCGAAGCAAUCGCAGCCUCAAAAGAAAAUCCGAACCUAAAAGGAAAGCAACCAGCUCAGCAUAAUUUACAAAAGUCUCAAGUAGAACUAGGUGCUGAAUCACGUGAAUUAUUUACUAUACUUUGCGCAAAGGCAGAUAAGAUUAUCAAUGGUGCCAAUGAGUUGAACCAACCCGUUGUUGAUAAGGCUCAACAACAAGAAUUUAUCGAAGCAAUGAACGAAAUAAAAUAUUCUUUGGAGCAAGUUAUCGGUGAUAUUCAAAAAGCACGGAAUAUCAGUAUCAGCAUUUCUCACUUAAAGAAAAUCGACCAAAACAUCAAUACCUUUGCAUUAGAUGGUUAUAAACACGCUGAACCAGAUACUGCACAGGAUGUUUAUGUACCUUCUCCUACGAUAAGAUUGAUUGCCAAGAUUCUUUGUAUACUAGAAGAGCCAAAGGUUCGAGAGGCUGGUAUUCCAAUGUCAGUCCUCAAAAAAGAGCUCUAUAAGUUUGCAGGUACUAUUGGACAAGAUGAAGGAACCGCAGCCCAGGCAAUCUAUAGACUGACAGCAAUGGGACUUGCUUCUAUUGAUCGAAGCAGUCCUGAUCUUAUUAUCCAACUCACUUAAUUAUAAAAUGAUUUAUUUAAUAUUUUCUAAUGACCACCAAUAUCCGUAUGUAUUGUACACACUACACUCCUAGAACAGAACUUAACGAUAAAAUAUUUGGCUUCUAAUUCCAAAUAAACUAUACAUCAACUUUAUUAUGUUAU